GUGUCAAUUGAGCAAUGCAAGGAUUACCAAUCAAAGUGACGUGAUAUUGCCAGAAUCCGCUGUUCUAAAACUUUCCCAUAUUACUGUGAAACACAUAUGUGCCGUCCUCUUGUGUUUGCCGCCCCUAGACUUGUAUUUAUUUUCCUCUAUCUUAAUAUAGACUUAAAUAAAGCGAGCAUACACCAGAUACACUCCCGCCUGCUUCAUUUUAAUUGAUGAUGUACGCUUACCAGAGAAGUGAUCAUGUUCGGCGCGACCGCGAAAAACGGUGGUUAAAAUUCAAGAAAAUACCCAUUUUCCAUAGUUUCCAGAGAAAUUACUAAACAUAUGUGACACAUUCAAAUAUGUUUCUUAUCGCGUUCGAAUAAUUUUCCUGUUGAUCGUGCACAGUGUGUAGAUAAGUCGGGUCUAGAGCGUGUUCUUAUCUUCGGUCAUCAGAACAUUUCACGGUUUUCACGAACCAGUGCAUCAGUUUUCACGAGAACACUUCCGCAAAUCGCUAUUUUUAGUGAAUAUCUAAAGAUUCGAUCGUUGUUCUGGUUCGUCUAGUGAUUUCCGCGGUUUUUCCAAUAACACUUUUGGAGAUUGCAACGGGGAAAGACGGGAAAAUGCUUUCUAGAUUGCAUAACACGCUUGGAGUUGUGCUUCUGUUGGGAGAAUUUGAUUGUGUUGUUUUUCGCUUUCACCAGUGUGACAUGAACCAUCUUUAAUCGUGAAUAAUCAUCAAAGAUAUUGUGUGUGAAUCAUCCAUGAGGACUUUGUUAAUGUGAAUUUGAACAGUGGUGCAUAUGUAUAUGCCAAUGUGAGCGCGAAAGGCGUGUCGGUCGAAGUAAACCGAAGAUCCUGGACUAUCCUCGGAUCGAAUGGUUUCGAACAAAGGGGACGUAAUUCCCAUUCUCAGAAAGAAAAUAAAAGUGAAUAUUAAAUACUGUACAGUUUUAAGAAAAUGUUUUAGUGUGUGUAAUACUGACUCAAGCAAAGCUUGUUAUAUUAUUUUAUAGUGAAAUUAGUAAGAAACAUAUUAAGUGCCUAUUUUAAGUGUGUUUUAAUAACUUGAAAGUGAAAAUCUAUGCUCAACCAAAAUUAUUUUAAACUACUAACUACAUGCUGGUUCAUAAACCAAAAAGGAUGACAUUCAUGUGUGAAACGUGAAAAAAAAAGAUUAUUUUGUUGCUUGAUUUUAUGUUAACAUAAAAUCACUACAUGUAUCUAUUAAAAGUCUAAUGUUGUUGCUACUAUUAGUGUGUCUAAUGAAGCUCGUAAAUAUUUCGACAAUAAAUCGACCCCAUAAAGAUGGCGGUUCGAAAGAAAAUCGUGUCCAGAAUGGUAAUUGCCAACAAUUACCGCAUCUUCGGCAACAUCAACUCCAACAACAUCAACAACUACAACAGGAUUAUCAGUGUAAACAAAGAAAUUUACACGAAGAAUAUCAACAAUUAUUGCAUUUAUAUUAUCAACAAAAACAAUAUUAUGAGGAGAAAGUGCUACGACAACAAUUAAUGAAAUAUCAGCGAGAAAUACAGAAAUUACAAAAGCAACAGCUUUUGAAUGAAAAACACCUGCAACAUCACCAAUCUACGAUUCAUCAUUUGCAGUCACAGCCUCAUAAGCAACCAUCUUCUGAGAUGAAUCUUUGUGGUAAAGGAACAAAACCAUUACGACGUGGUGGUAUGACAGAACAUCCUUCAAACCAAAACCAUCAAAAUCAUCAUAAAUCACGUCUGCCUCAGCUUAACCAUAACUCCCCUCGCCAUCAUUCCCAGCAACAACAGCUUCAAAUUAAAAAGCAACAUGAACAACAACCGCAAACUCAGAAACGACCUCUAACCACUAGCCCUAACACAACCUAUAACUAUUAUGGCUAUCCAAACUUUCGCUAUCAACCUUCAUUGCCCAAUACCUAUGCUACCGGUCUCUUAUAUAAUGGUGGUGGGUCAUCGUCAUCAAUUGUCUCAUCAUCGCGUUCAUCAUACAAUGAGGACGAAAGCGAUGAAUUAACGGAUGAGAGCCUGAAACGUAAUGUUGAGAUUGUCUUAAAGAAUCUGAACCGCUACAAUAACGUCUUGCAAAGUAUCAAGCUUCCCAGCGACUCAUCGGAUUCACUGAAUUACAGUUUCGGCGAUUUAUCCUUUACCGUGAACAAUAACAAUAAUUUCAAUUUGGCAAGUAUGGCGAAUAUUAUGUCGAGCCCAGAAUCUGAUUACAACAGCAACCCACCGCAUUUAUCACCAUUCGGUGGUGGUCAUUUGAAUUGCUCGAUUGCAUCGUCACAUGACUUCACCCACGAUAACUCAGACUAUCAAUGGUUCCUUGAUUAUGGCUACCGAGAAGGGGGCGUCCAACAUCAAAGCAUUCUUUCAUCUUUGUCGGCUUCUUAUAAUGGAAUCGGAGAGCUCUCCUAUUAUGAAGAUUUGGCCAAGAAUAUCGACGCUAACUUGGCUGAGGUCGACAUGGAAAGCUUCCGAGCUGAGGAUAUCCAUUCGUUUUUAACGCAUAUACCAACAUUCUGCAAGGACAAAAGGCGACAAGCUGAUGCGGAAAUCGAUAAUUCGAUAUGCAAGUCGGAGCUACUGUUCUCGCCGGUAAAGGAAUCACAUAUUAGUGUCGAUUCAUUGGAUUUGGACUCGCUGAUGAUCGACGAUGAUAUUAUCAUAACAUGUAAGGGCAAUAAAGAUAAUUAUACGAUUGCGUUUGAGGAAAGUGCAAUGUAUUCGGAUGAAAGUUUUUAUGCUGAAAUUGGCGAUCCUCAUUCGAAAGUAAAACAGAAUUAUAUCAAUCUACAUAGCAACCUGGAUGAUAUCGUUAAACGUAAGAGCUUAGAAGUAUCGAUGUCUCGAUCUGAUCAUGCUUUCACAACUUGGAGUAAAUUGAAGAAAAACAGCACCUCGCAACUUCAAAGGUAUCCUUCGGGGAACAAUAACACAUCUGUUAAUGUGAUAACAAGGCACGCUCCUCAUUGUGCAGUGCGUAAAAGUUCUAGUCUGCCCAAUUUGCAAUUGAAGAAAGAUAGUUGCCAUGAGAAUCCCUGUCAAGCAGUCAGCACUUCAACGGUUGAUUCAUUUAAAUCACGCAAUCUUCUUCCAAUGUGCCAGAUGCCAAUUUCAUCGACAUCAAUCGGUGAGAGUCCUCUACAUCAUGAAUCAUUAUCAAAUGUGCAAAGUACAGAUUCAUCGAAAUCGAAUACUUCAACAUCGGCUAAGCCACAAAAUCAACCUGCCUUUAAUCUUGUCAAACUAUUUAUUAAACAAAAAAGCGGAUCGAGCGAUACAUGUAUGGAUGUCUCGUCUGGUUGUUGGCCUAGUGAUGCGAGCUCCUCCUCCGAGAUGCGAACUCGCAAAAAGAGUAUGAAUGACUCGGGAAAAGGAUCGGCAUUGAGUCGACAUGACGAAGAGGACAUGAAUAAUGUCGGGGACUCUAGCUAUCAGCUGGAUAGCUUAGACGUAUGCGAGCAGAAUAGGAAAGAUGAAGGAGAUGAGACCGGAAUCCCCGGUUCCACUGCGACAUCCACACCCAAAAAGAUGCGUAACGAUCUGUAUAGGGAAGUGUUUGAUUCGCCUGCACAUCGUAACCAUAAUAUGGAGUGUAAUAUGAAUAUACGUAAUCAGCCUCUGAAAAAUCAUCAAGUUUAUAACCUUUCGGGAAAGAACAAUAACAACAAUUCGAUGGAGCGUGAUAGCCUGAGUAAGGAUUAUACAAACAAAAGUGUUUCAGAUACAAGUCGUACUUCUGAGAAUGUCACUCAAAUCUACAAUUUAUCGCACAGUCGUAUGAAAAUCCCUGUACAUACUAUAACCCGAUCAAUGCAAACCUCAUUAGUGAAAGAUAGAUUCAAGCUAGUGCCACCCUCUUUUCUAGCUCAACUGCAUAAGUUGGGUGAACAAAAGACAGCUCCCAUUUAUGUGAUUUACCCCAAUUAUGCUCUUCCUAAUUUAGACUUUGUUAAGAAUAAUCUGAACGUAAUCCUAUCUCCCCUUAAUUAUAAGGAAGCGAUAACAACCAAGAAACAGCGCCCCACUUCAAUUACGAAGAGUCAAGAGGAGGCACUCAGUCAUAUCGACUAUGAUCAGGUUCAAGACUGGAAGUCUCUAGCUACGCUACUUCCGGUCGAAUAUAGAAAGCGUUUAAAACACAUUCCAGAAGCGGACGUUGCGCUCGAUCCGACUUCAUCCCAAAAACCUCUGUUCUGUAUGACGCCUCCUUUGCGUCGAAAUGCCAAAGCUAAUAUGUGUGACUGUGCCAGCUUUUUCCAACAAACCACCUGCACCUCAAGUUCAGGUUCUAGUCAGCAACCUAGCUCGGGCUAUCGCGGCUCUUCCACUCUUCUCACGGAUUCCGAGUUCGAAACUGCUAUCGCAAUUGGGUCAGGGGAUCAGAUGAAAACUGCUCACCAAAGGCAAUAUGAAAUUAACAAGUUAGAAAGUGAAGUGAUCGAUCGGCCACCUCCUAGUGGACGUGCAAAGAGAGGCAUCCUGCGAAGAAAUACAAGUGGAAAUCGAGCGAAACGCAAUAGUAUGUUCGAGGAAACCUGCACAACCUCAAAUGUGAAGACAUUGGAAAAACGAAGAAGUCUCCAAGAACAAUACUAUCUCGCCGAGGAUCACAAUAUUAUUCAGGACUAUUUAGCCGAGUUGGAAGAGGAUUCUAAAGCUAAACAGUAUUAUGCAGAUUUGCAGGCCAAGCUGCAGCAAAAUAUGAUUGAUGACGAUAAUAUAAUGGAAUCGAAUGCAUUCGAAAGGACACUUCGACGGGAAGAUGAUUUGGAAGCGAGAAUCCGCGCUGAAAACUUCUUAGCGAACGUGCCAAAAUCUGAACUGAAAUAUUAUGCUGAAAUUGCCAACAUCCUUGAAGCAGCCGAUAUUACAUCAGCUCCAUACGAUGCCGCAAAAUUGAAAAAUGAAGUGAGUCGAGCUUUGAGUCAAAAGAAAGUCUCCUUCAACAACGGAAGCGGUGAUAUGAAUUACCUGACAACAGGUCAUCCGCAAAAAUUCUCAACACCACCCAAUUCUCCGAACAUUUCGAUGGCCGCAUUGAGAAUGAACAGCAACACACAAAGACCAAAUGAAUUACGACGAGAAAUGUCUAAUGUUGUUGCUGCUGAAAAACAAAAACAAGACAAGAUCUCAAGUAAUCGCUUCAAACGACUACAAAUACAAUGGGAAUUGCUCAGUAAAGAUUCAAGUCUUUUAUUGAAGGACUUAGCUAGAGAAAAAGAGACUAAAAGUGGAGGUUCGACACCAACUUCGAGCGGAGGAUCACAUCGAUCUCGGAUACCGAGACCUGUUAGUUAUCCUGCCAUGAAGUCGACCCCAGAACAGGCGCCUAAAGCACUUCGUUCACCGAGCAAACUUGUGCCACCGAAGAAAUAUUCGAUGCAAGCCAUACCGACUGCAGUAGCACAGACAAAUGCUUCGCCAGUGCCGGGAGGCGCCACCAAUGUAACGCCAAGUCCACGAACGCCAAGCCGACUGCAAACUACUCCGAAGAAAAGAGUUCAAUCGCCAAAGUCGGCAACGCGUACACGAUAAAGGAUGCGACACUGAGUUUCCAGAAUAAUUCUCGAUAAAGGCAAAAUAAUGGAAUGUAAUACUUAAUACGUGUGGAUGGCAACAGGUUUAUUCUUUAUGACUGGGAUGAAGUAAUUUUUCAGUAAAACCAACCCCUAUAUAUCCUUAUCUCUAGAUACCUCUUGUAUUAUAAGCGAUUAACACUUUAAAGAGAGAAAUCUGAUUAUUUAUAAGCGAAUUGAAAUGCACAGAAUAGGAUUCAAUAGAAUUGGCUACGUUGGAAAAUUUUCAGCUCUACUUUCUUCACAAUGAUAAAUGAACAAUAAAAAAGCGAGCAAAGUUUCAUAAUCACACUAAAUUAUUGAUCUAAAUUCUCCUCGUCUUUUUCUGUAAAAUAUAUGACGCUUAAUGCAGUAAUGAAUGUAUAAAAAGCAGCAACCGGUAGCCAAUUUAGGAGAUAGAUUUGAACGGGUAAUCAAAAAUGGCGAGAGAUAUAAACAUAAAAUGGGAACUUAUCCAUACUCAGACAUCAAGCAAAAGUUAUAAAUGUGGGCGAGGUGAUUUUUAUGUAAUUUAUUGUAUAAAUAUGGCUAACAAGAGAAACUUACUUGGGCCGAGGCAGAUGAGGAUUAAAAAUCUAAAAAAAAAUGAAAAAAAUACUGAAUAUAUGUGAACAAAAACAUGAGAAAAAAACUGUAAUAUCCAAUUAAAGCUAAGUUUCAUUUUCAUAAAUGCAUAUUACUUAAAGGAGGAUAUGAAGGAAUAUAUAUAUAUCUGUUAUCCUGAAAUUCUAUGACACUAAUAAAUUAAAUUUAUAAAAUUAGAAAGACAACAAGUGAAUUAUUAUUAUUGGGCAGUGUAUUAAGUUUUGGUUUUAAUAAAACUCGGAAACGGUCGCCCGCCAGUUGCAGAUAACCACGGAUUUUAGGUAUAUAUUAUCAAAUUUUUUUCUCAAUCUAAUUUGCAUAAUAUUAUCGCUGUUUUUUUUUUGACGAAAAUAUAUUUAUACGAACCUGAAGUAAUAACUAGAAAGCAAUAUAGCGGAAAAAAUUGAACACUAGCAAAAACAAACGAUUUAGUUCAACGAGAAUCCAAAUUAUCACUUAAUAAUUAAAAAUGAAACUAGUGAAGUGCUCUAAGAUGUUUUUCAAAUCAAAAAAGGAUAAAGAAAAUAAGGAGAGAAGCGUAAAUGCAGGGAAAAUAUCCCAAAUCGAUGUGAAUAUUGUAAAAGAUUGGACGAAAUAGUAAAGACAAAAAAAAUGUAUCUAUCCUAG